CUUAAAAUUAUCCACUUUGACUGUCAAAAAUAUUAAAACAAUACAAUACUAUUCGAUUCAUUAUUUGUUUUUACGUAAUCAUAAUUUCGUUAUUUUACUAUCCAAAGAUUUUUUAUACCAUCGUAUAAAAAUACAUAAUUAUAAUAAACUGUCAAAUUUGAUUUUGAAAACCGAAUUAUAUAUUUUUAUGAUGACAGAAAUGCAUGACCCAGACUUACAAACUAAAUCAAGACGUGCCACAGGAAUUUUGUCAGAAAAUCUUCAUUUUGUUGCAAACGAACCAUCCCUGGCAUUUUAUCGACUUCAAGAACAUGUACGGAAAUCUGUACCGCCUAUGAUAGAAAAACAAGUACAAGUUCAAAAACUUCACAAAGAGUUACAAGGGCACUAUUAUGAUGUGGAAUAUGCAAUAGGAGCUAUUAAUUCAAUUAAGAACUGCGAAGAACCAUUGAAUAAUAUUCAAGAACAACUUAAAAAUGCUCUUUUUCUUAGUCAACAAAUCAAGUAUGAGCAUACUAGGCGUGGGAAAUCUAAAAAAGAUUCCAUGUAUAAACGGCUAUCUGCACACUUGACUACCACACUAGACCUACCUGAAUUACCAGAAGCUAUCAGAGACACAGCAAACAAAGUGGAAUCUAUGGUGAACAGUGCACGGCAUUCUAAUAUAUAUUAAAAUAAUUAAAAGAGUACAAGACUGUAAAGCAUACAUUUGAGAUACUUUUCAGUAAUUUAUUGAUAGAUAAUGUACUAUAGUACCAUACAUCGGGAUAAAAUGAAAUUACUGUAAAAGUGCUAAUUGUGUGAUACAAAAUAGUUGUUGGUGGAUCCUUAAUUAUUAUAUUGCACAAUACCUAUUUGUAUACAUUUAUUUUACUGAAAAUGUUCAAAAGCUUUGUAUGAAAGCUUUUGAGUUCUAAUCAUACUAAACAUUAUACAACAAUCUAUAACGUAUGGUAUAAUAUAAAUUUAUUGAAUUGAAUUCAUCAUAAAAAUUAUGUUUAUUUUAUAAAUUAGCU